AUGUCACCUCCCGUUUCAAUGGGUUAUGUUGAAGCUAAGGCCCGCGUGAUCCGUGGUACUGACCGAAUCACCUCCUUCAUUUCUGCCGCAGGUGAAUACAAGGCAGAUCCUCAAAAUGCUGGCAAACGUGCCAAAAUAGAACAAAUGGUACAACACGUGAAUGAAAUCCGUAGAAAUGUCGAAGCUGAUAUCCAGUUUAUGGAGAUAGCUGUUAGUCAGGGUACAGCGCCGACCGAUGUCACUGAUACCAAAGACAGCCGGACACUCUCUGCAAAAUUCGAUAAUCUUUAUUACGAACUCGUCGCCUUCGCGGAUGUACAUCGCAUCACAAUAUCGUCGAUCCAUGACCAAACACUCUCUUCGACUAUAAAUCAAUCAACCUAUGGUGGGAACCUUUCCCAUUAUCAGUUGCCAAAACGAAAGUUCCCAACAUUUUCUGGCAAAAUCACUGAGUGGCAAGGGUUCGAUGAUCUCUUCAACUCGAUACUGUCGCACACGCCCAAUCUUCCCGACGUGGAGAAAUUCGAGUUUCUGAAAACAUCCCUCGAAGGCGAAGCGCAAUCACUUGUUGCACACCUUACCUUGACGGCCGCUAAUUACCACAGUGCGUGGGAAAUAUUACGAGGUCGAUAUGGGAACAAAAGAGAUCUAGCCAGGGUUCAUCUUGAAGCUCUGCUGACUCCGCAUAAAGUCCUAUCGAACGAUGCCACUUCAAUUAAAUCGUUGAUCCACUCGAUUUUGGAACACACAGCAGCGUUGGAUAACUUAGAUCUCACAACACGACACUGGAGUCCAAUAUUAGUACAUAUGUUUGAAAAAUAUUUAGACUAUGACCUCCGGGCGCGAUGGGAAAUGAUUCUUGGUGACAGACACCAACCACAGGUUACCGAAUUCGUUGAGUUUUUGCGCUGUCAUGUGCGGUCAGCUGAAGCGCGUUCAGGGUCCUAUUCAUCGGUGGCACCAGGUCCUGUUAGUCAAGUAAAACCUACUUCAAAAUCACAACAUCCAAAAUGGCAGCGUUUUACAUCGUCAGCCAAAGCUUAUAUUGCAACCACCAACCAUCCGCCAUCUCCAACCAUAACAUGUCCAUUAUGCCAACAGACCCACUCAAUACGCCAGUGUUCGCUCUUCGCGGAUCAAGGUCCCAAUGAACGGUUCCAAACUGCGAAAACCCAUCAACUAUGCAUAAACUGUUUGGGUUCUGGGCAUUCUGUAGGAGCUUGUCCAUCAAAAAAUACUUGCAAUUCAUGUAAAAAACAACACCACUCACUACUGCACUUUCCAGCCGGUACACCCACAGGUACAAGGGGUCCGCCGCCAACUUCGAUGUUUGUGGCAGCAAAAAACCCUCAGUCCAUACUACUAUCUACGUUACUUGUGAGUGUCGUAUCAGUCGACAAUCAGAAAUAUACCCUCAGGGCAUUGUUGGAUACGGGUGCACAGGUUAGCUUCAUUACGAAGCAAAGUGCCGAUCGCUUAUCGUUAACCCGUCGUCGUUGUUCAACACAAGUCAGUGCUUUCUCAGGUGCCUCAGUCAAUGUCGUGUCAGGCGUCACAUCUAUUGUAAUGUCACCGGUCGGGAAGCCGGACCCGUCUGUCCCUCUCGAUGUCUUGAUUGUGUCAAAAAUAACUGACUACCUCCCUCAAACAACAUUCAAUUUCACUACAUGGCCCCACUUAAAUAAGCUUGAGUUAGCCGACCCAAGUUUCAAUAUUCAAGGGCCCAUUGACAUUUUGCUUGGUGCAGAUGUCGCCCCAACGAUCCUGACUGGUGGCCUUGUUGCUGGUCACCAAUCACAUCCAACUGCUUUCGGAACUAUCUUUGGAUGGGUUUUGAUGGGACCAACGGCACCAAUCACAAUAAAUACAGUCACGUCAAUGUUAGUGACCACUGAAACGGCACUCGAAAACUCUCUUACUAAAUUUUGGGAAAUCGAAGAGCCACCUCAACUGCAACACCUGAGUCCCGAUGAAGUGGUAGCUGAAGAAAUAUUUUUAUCUUCCGUCAAACGUCUCACAUCUGGGCGAUUCAGUGUUGCACUACCAUUUAAACAGCCACGUCCGAUCCUCGGAGACUCGAAAGGCAUGGCACAAAAGCGACUUCACUACUUGGAGAACCGAUUAUCACGUGAUGAAGGUCUCUCAAAACAGUACCUGGAGUUUAUGAACGAUUACCUAACUAGUCAGCAUAUGGAAGUCGUUCCCACGAACCAAAGAAUGACGCCAUACUGUUAUUACAUACCACAUCACUGCGUUCUUCGUCCAGAAAGUCAUACGACAAAACUCAGGGUAGUCUUCGAUGCAUCCGCUACGACCACUGCAGGACGAUCACUGAAUAGCAGUUUGUAUACUGGUCGAAAACUACAACAGGAUCUACCACAGAUCCUCAUCCGUGCUCGAACCCAUAAGAUUUUGUUCACUGCGGACAUUAAGCAAAUGUACCGGCAGAUUGAAAUCCAUCAGGAAGAUCGUGAUUAUCUAAGGAUUCUAUGGCGCUUUGCACGUGAUAAGCCUAUCGAAGAAUAUCGUUUACGCACUGUCACGUAUGGUACGUCCUGUGCUCCUCAUCAGGCUUUACGCACUUUGCAGUACCUAGCCGAACUCGAAGAGAACACAUACCCCACUGCCGCUCAGAUCAUCAUGCAUGAUAC